AUGGAAGCAAAUAAAGACUCAGCAUUUCAUUAUAUUGAACUUGCUGAAAACGCAAUACUUUCAAAUGAUAAUGAACGUGCACUUCGAUAUCUUACAAAAUCUGAAAAUCUUUUUCCAACACAAAAAGCGAAAGAUCUCAUUGAACGACUAAUGCAUACUAACUCUCAUUCGACAUCAUCAAAUAAUAAUAACAACAAUACAAAAACUCAUGAAUCUGGAUCAGCAUUUUCAAAUCAUGAACAAACAACAACGAAUGGUGCUUCAUCAAAUCCAAGACAAAGAACAACAACGAAUACACAUUCAACAUCAUCUAAUGAUUAUACUUCAGAAGAAGCUGACGCUGUGCGAAAAGUUAAAACAUGUAAAGAUUUAUAUGAAAUUCUCGGUGUUAAUAAAUCAGCAUCUGAAGCUGAUUUGAAAAAAGCUUACCGUAAAUUAGCUCUUCAAUUUCAUCCAGAUAAAUGUAAAGCACCAGGUGCUACGGAUGCUUUUAAAGCUAUUGGUAAAGCUUUUUCAAUUUUAAGUGAUCCUAAAAAACGUGAACAAUACGAUCAAUAUGGGCAUGCUAUGGAACCACAAUAUCAUCGUACUAGUAAUGGUGGUAGUCGUGGUGGUGGACAGCAAUAUUAUUACUAUGAAGAUGAUGAUGACUUUUCAGCUGAAGAAAUUUUCAAUCUAUUCUUUGGAUAUUCAGGAACAUCAACGCGUCAAUAUCGUCGUCGUCAACAACAACAGAGCCCAUUUCAUUUUACAACACAUUCAACACAUAAUCAAACACAAACUACUACACAUACACUUGCACAAUUAUUGCCUUAUUUAUUUCUAUUUCUUAUUUCAAUUAUUGGUACAUUUUUAGUGAGUGAACCUCAAUUUCAAUUGCAUCGUACUGGAAAAUAUACUACUGCACGUUCAACUCGUUUAACCCAUGUUGAAUAUUUUGUCAAACCAGAUUUUCGUCCGCCAAAAACAAAUUCUGAAUUAGAUAAAUUUGAAUCAUCAGUUAUUGAUGAAUAUGAAUCUGAUUUACGGCAUCAAUGUUAUCGUGAACAACAAUAUAAAGAGUCAAUGAUGUGGCGUGCACGAAUGAUGAAUGAUAAUGAUUUAUAUCGUCAAGCUCAAAAACAAGGGACACCGUCUUGUACUAAAUUAAACGAUUUUGUACAACGUAAACGUGCUUAG